UUGUACACCAACGAAACAAAUACUGAUGAGACAAGUGAUGAAAGUGAAGAUGAGGAUGAUAAUUAUCAGUAUCAUGUUAAUCAUGUUAAUCAAACUCUCGAUCUAUUAAAUAGGUGGGCCAAAAUCACCGAGAACGCAAUUCAAAUGGUCGUUAGUGAGGCGAUGCCUCAUGCGACUGAAUUUGGGUACAGAUUUAAUAUCAACGAAAAUUGUAUUCUAAGUUUAUUACAAUUAGUUAAUGGUUUUCGCAAACAAAAAGCUUGGGCAUUUAAAUUAAUUGAUUCUUAUGGUCGACCAGCCCCCGGAUCAUUAGAUGGAACCGUUAAUUCACUUGGUGAUUACGAUGAAUGUCUGGCAAUUGAAUUUCCGAGAUACUUUGGUGAAGAAACUGCGAUCACUGGGAAAUAUUGUACAAUUAGAAUUGAUUUUCCAGUUCCAGAGAAACCAAAUCGAGUUAAAUUCAGUGAUCAACCUGGAAUACAAUUAAAUGGAACUCAUCUAAAUGAGACAGUUUGGGGAUACAUGAUUAAAUAUCUUCGAACUGCAUAUACAGUUCGAGGAUUUCGAUUCGGAGUUUGUAUUCCAUCGACAUGUUCAGCAGAUGAAUUGGAACCAAUUAUACGUAAAGCUGCUUCCCCGAUUCUGCAAAUGCCUUUGACCUUCGGACCUGAUGACGAGUGUACGGUUCGAUCGGAGGUCAUACCGUUGACCAUUUACUCCAAAAUAUCGUUGAUCUUUUUCGCAACCAUCAUCAGUAUUGUGGUCACUUCAACCUUCUUGGAUCUAGUUCUUGGCUUGACCAUUCCAACCAAAUCAAAUCAAUUUACAUUCUUGUCAUUAAUUGUCCGACUUAUUUCAUGUUUCUCCGUUAAUCAGGCCAAUCAAUAUCUUUCCAAAUCAUCAGUAACAAUUAAGGUGAACAAAAUUUGUAACGGAUUAACUGUGAUAACAUUGUGGUCACUCAUCGUUGGUCAUACUUACUUUUUCGGUGGAUUUUACAAAACCUCCGAAUUCAUCAAUCGCUGGACUGAAGAUCUUCCGGUCUCAGUGGGUAAAAUUAUUCAUCAGAUUUUUCUGAACACUCAUUUGUUCAUGGACAGUUUGUUUUUCGUCAGUGGCGUUUCCUUGGGAUGUUUAAUGUUACCCAAACUUUCAUCAUCUAAAUGGAUUGUUAAUUAUUUAAUCCUAGUUGUAUCUCGAUGGCUCCGAUUUUUACCCUUGAUUGCAGCGAUUAUAUUGAUUAAUUAUCUCUUUCCACACCUUGGGUCAGGUCCUGAUUACAAGUCUCAUGUUUAUCAAAUCAUCGAUAAUUGUCAAACAAAUUGGUGGCCUCAUUUUCUUGGUAUUGGUAAUUGGUAUGGAAACGUUGAUACAAUGUGUGCACCACAACUCUGGUACCUUUCAGCUGAUUUACAGCUCCAUUUAAUUGCGAUAAUUAUUUUCAUCGGUUACCAUUGCAGUGGUAAAACUGGAUUAAUAAUUAAUAUCAUCGUCAUAAUGGUCGGUAUUUUAUCAUCAGCAAUUAGUAACCUUUAUUUCAACUACGACGCGACCUUUGGCUUGGACCAUUUGGUUGACUACGAAUCGUUACAGCGUCAAUUUGAUUCAACUUAUUUUCCAACAUAUUUGCAUUUAUCUCCAUUUGCUCUGGGCGUUUUAACUGCGCGAUUAAUUGAAAACCACACUGACCAAAGUAAAUCACUUCAAAUGACCACAAUCAAAUCAACUUUCAUUUGGAUUUUAACUUCGGCUUCAAGUUUAAUCGCAAUGUUUACCAGUGUUUUCUGGAACGAUGUCAAUGUCCAGUUCAGUUUGGACAUUUCUAGUCGAGUUAUUUUCGCUGGACUACAACGAACCCUUUGGUGUUCAUUUUUAGCUUGGGCGAUAUUUUCAUUUACCACCGGUGGUAAAUCCAAUUUUUUCACCAACACACUGACCUCUAAUUGCUUCAGUGUUUUAAGUCGGUUGUCAUUCUGUGUCUAUGUAAUUCACACCAUUCCAAUCGAUCUGAGAACUUAUUCCUUCAAAUAUACCAAAUUGUGGGACGAUCAUUUCUUUAUUUCUUGGUCUUUGCUCAAUAUUGUCUCAUCAAUUGCUAUCGGUUAUUUACUCUUCCUGCUUUUAGAGUUUCCAAUGAUCCAAUUGAUUAAUUUGAUGUUUAAAUCAGAUGAAAGUGGACAAUUAGAUGACAAUCGUUCAGUAAAUGUAUCUAAAUUUAAAUUCACUUCCAGGAUAUCAAGUUUAUCUGCAAGAAAAAACGGAAAAUUUGAAAUUAAUCCAAGAGUUUAAUUAAAGUAUUAGUUCAAAAAUCAAAAUAAACACACAAUCAGUUAAUUGCUCAAUCAAUUUUUUUUUGUAAUCUUAUAUCAUCAUUAAACUUUUCCUCCCAACAACUGACAACUUGUAAAUCAUAAUAUUGAUGAUUGUCAACAAUUUAGCAACAUUGUAAAUCAAAAGCAAAUUGAUUCCAAUCAAAAUCUCAUUAAACUGUUAAUAAAUCAUUUUUCACUUUUCUUACUUUUGUAUUACAUGAAUGAAGAUAUCACAA